AUGGCCGAGUCUGUCACCUACGCGGACCUGCGGUUUGUGAAGGCGCCCCUGAAGAAGAGGGGCUCCAGCCCGCUGGGACAGGACCCCGAGGCUGACGACGACGGGGAGCUCACCUAUGAGAACGUGCAAGUGCCCGCCAUCUCAGGGGGGGCCUCCAGCUUGGGCGCCUCUGGGCCAGGGGACAAGGCCGGGGUGCAGGCGGAGCCGCCCGCCGCGGCCUGGAGCUCCGUGACGUCCCCCGCAGCCUGGCGGCUCCCGGGCGGCCACUCCACCUGCUCCAAAUACCUGCUCCUGGGCCUGCUCCUCACCUGCCUGCUGCUGGGGAUGGCUGCCAUCUCCCUGGGAGUGCGCUAUCUGCAGGUGUCUCAGCAGCUCCAGCGCACGCACAGGGCCCUGGAAGCCACCAACAGCAGCCUGCGGCAGCAGCUGCUCCAGAAGAGCUGGCAGCUGGGCCAGCGGGAGCGGGAACUGCAGGGCGCCCGGAGGGAGCUGGCCCAGACGCAGGAGGCGCUGCAGGUGGAGCAGCGGGACUGCCAGGCUAUCAAGGAGCAGUCACAGGCCCGGCUGACCAGCUGGGAGGAGACAAAGGAGACCUUGAAAAGUCAGCAGACGCAGAAGAUAGAGCUGGAGGAGAAGCUGAACCGCUUGCAGGAGAAGCUGAGGCCCCUCUGCCUGCCCGAAAUGCCGGAAAUGCGGAGUCCCAACUUGGAACACCACCAGCACCUCUCUCAAGAAAUCUGCUGUCCCCUGGGAUGGAUACUGAUGGCAACGAAUUGCUUUUACAUCUCACUUAUUAAAAGAAGUUGGGAAGACAGCCAAAGCUAUUGUAAAUCUCUGUCCUCCAACCUUGCCACGGUUGUGGCCACUGAGUAUUAUUAUCCAGGUUUUUAUGUCAGCAACUUAUAUAAGGUGUUGGAACAAGUUGAUUCGUCUGGUUCAUAUUGGAUUAAUGGUAAAAGAGCCUCUGGGUAUCAUGGUCAAAACAAAAAAUGUCUCUUUGUACAAAACAAGUGGCCAAAAUAUUCACCCCAGACAGAGUGUGCUACAUCUCUUCCCUGCAUCUGUGAGAUGGCAUCUACUAGGCGUUCAGAUUACCACUGA